AUGUUGUCUCCUAGCUUAAUGUCAACAGUGUUCUCUCAGAUAGAGUUUCUAGUUUAUUUUCGAAAUAAAAAGAAUCACAAGAUAAACCAGUCAGAGAUUAAUCAGAUAAUUAAACUCCACACAUUGGAAACAGAACGCCACUUUGUACGCUGUUUAUUCUCUUCAGUAAAUUGUUUAAAUGAAAAUAAAUCCCCAAAAGACAUUUAUCAGGCUCAGUAUUUCAGUCAAGAACUCAGCAAGUUAUUGUCAAAGUCGAAUCUCGUGUCACUUGUUUGCUAUUCUAUAGAAAAUCCUCUGCCAACACACAAGAACAAUAGAUUAUUGUCGACAAGACUAUUUUCUCAAAUUACUCAAAUUUCAACACUUAAUCGUCUCCAAGAGGUGAUUCUUGGUCUUUCACUUACACAUUCAAAUGAUCCACAGCUUAGUGCUCAUGCAAAACAAUGGGUUCAUCAGAAACUACCAGAAUUGAUAACCACACAUCUUGCUGUGUAUGAUGUUCAAACAACAAAUGGGAAUUCGUUAAAAUAUCUUCAAUCCAAUGCAGAGCCACAAACAACAAAUACUUCCACAUCAAAACCUGUUCAAGAACAAUCAUUAACUACUGGAAGUUUACAUGAGAUCAGUACAGAUUUAUUACAUUUCAUCUUAAGUCAUUUAUACGAGGAUGUUGAACACUAUGGAAUUUCAGAUGAUAUACUAUUCAAUUUUAUCAGUUCUUUACGUAAAGAAUAUCCUCGUAGUCGUUUGUCACUGGUACUCAAUACCUUAUUAUAUCCAGAUAUUAUCGGUUAUCCAUUUGUAAAUACCUGUCAGUUGGAAUUAAAUCUAAACAAUUCAAGUAAAGUUAUCGGUCAACUUAGUUCCCCUAUUAAAACGAAUUCUACAGUGAAUAAUGGAUUAACAACAACAUCAUCAGUUUUCACAAAGUCUUCAAUAUGUGGUUGUGGAUUGUCAUCAUCGUCAUCAAAUAAUCCAUAUUUGAUUGCAGAUCUUUUAGAAGAAUUAGGCUAUGAGUGUACAAAAACUCUCGAUUCAACACGUUCAGUAUUAUGUAAUUUUGAUAUGGAUGAAUUAAAUCCUGUAGCUAUUGCAAAGUGUUUAUGUUUAUUUCUUCGAACUAUUGAUGGACAAUUGAAUAGAACAAAUAGUAGUAAUUCAAAUGAUAAUAUUACAUUUUACAAUAAUAAAAUAUUCCAUUAUGAUGAUAAUGAUGAACGAUAUAAUUCAGAAGAUAAACAGUCAGAUGAAUUAAAUACUUCAUCAGUAUUAUCAUCAUCAUCAUCAUCAUCAUCAUUAUGGAAUAUAGACAACUUUUUCACUAUUCUUUAUGAAUUAAAUCCAAAUAUACAAUUAACCUUAAUUUUAAACGAAUUAGAUUGUUCAGAAUUUAUGAUAACAAGUCGUCAGUCUUUCCAAUUAUUUAAACAAUUUAUAUUCAAUAAUAAUCAAUUUCAUAUAUCAGCUAAUUAUUUCUAUCGUUCAUGGAUUCAUUCAUUUGGACAAUUUAGUUUACUUCAGUAUUGUUCUGUAUAUCCUGAUGUAAUAUGUUUUGAUUAUUGGCCAUAUCGUUGUAUUGAUAUAAGUAUGUUACAAAUAUCAUUUAAUGAAGAUGAACAGACAAGUAUACAACUAUGGAAAAACAUUGAUUAUGUCCAAGCAUUAUUAAAUUUAUCCGAUAAAGGUUUAUACUCCGAUGUAUAUAAAUUGUUGAAACAAGUAUUUUUUCUAUAUCCAGACAUUUUGACUGCCACAUUACUUGAAACGAAUAUUGGUACAUUACGUAAUGUAAUGCUUGGUCAUGCAUUUGUUUAUUUUUUAACAACUCGAAUCAAUUCACAAAUUCUUCUUCAAACUGCAUGGAAUGGUGGAAAUUUAAAUCUAUUAACUGGUACAGAUUUACAACAACAACGUCAUUUAUUGAUUGCUUCAUGUAUAGAAUAUAUAGCUCAAUUGAUGAUGGCAUCUAAUAAUGGAUCAUUCGAACCUAGUACAUUAUCAUCAUCUACUCAAAUUUCUAACAAUCAUCAUCAUCAUCAUCACCAUCAUCAUCAUAAUGAUGAUGAUAAUGAUAAUAGUAGCAGCAAUUUAUCAGUAAAUUUUUCACAAUUUAUUGAUUUAUUAAUCAAUAUUCAUGAUUCCAAUACUCAUCAAUGUACUAUUUUACCUAUAUUAUUAGGUACAACAGAAUAUUUAUCAAUUUCUGUAUCUAAUCUAUUAAAUCCAAUAAAUUAUUCAUUAAAUUCUGAUCAUUAUAUAAAUCAUUUCACAGAAUUUAUUCAUAAUAAAGGGAUAAUAACAAUGAAUCAUUUACCGAUUCAUUUAUUAUUACCACCUCAUUAUUCUAUUGAUUUAAUCUUAGUUUUAAUUGUAUCUAUGGUAAAUGUAAUCAAUUCCAAUAAAACAACAACCAGCACCACCACCAACACUACCACCACAACAACAACAACAACAAUGAAUAGUUUACAAAUUAUUCAUAAUUCAGAGAUAACUAAUCAUACAUCAGCAUCAUUAGCAUCAAUUCAAACUUCAAUUAAAUCAUUUUUAUCUCAAUGGUUUAUUGAACAUUUUCAUGAUAAAUUAACAGCGGAUCCAUUUGCAUUAGGUGUUGUUGAUUAUUUACGUGCACAUUAUUCAUCACAUGUAGCCACCACUAGUACAAAUUUCAUUUCACGUAAUAAAUUAGCUUUACCUAUGGAACUUCGUAAACCUUCACUUAGUUUAUUGACGCAUAUUAUACAAUCAGCACAAGCAGCUCUUAGAUCCGGUCCGUGUCUUGUUUCUCGUCCAAUUCUAAUUGAAGUACAUCAAUCACUUAACGCUCUUUUACAGCUAGUAAUCAAUUCAGCACUCAAUCGUACUUUUAAUCAAUCUGCAUCAUCAACAUUAUCCAUCAAUAGUGGAUCGGCUAUGAAAUCAAGUCCUGCAGGGCCAACUCAAUCGCAUUUAUUAACAACUAGAGCGUCAAGUUCUACUGUUUCUGCAAAUAAUCUACGAUUUCCAACAACUGCUAAUUUAUCUGCUAUUUCUAGUUUAUCUACUUCUAAUAAAUUUGUUACAAAUGUUGAUACAAAUACGGGUGUUUCACGUAAUCAUGCUACUGUGACUACAUUGAAUAACACCAAACUUAAUCCCGGAGUCAUGCAACAUGUUACAAAUCCCUUAACUUUACAGCUUGCAGCACGACGUAAAGCACAAGCUUCUGGUAUAGUCGGUCCAUCUAUGACAGUAGAUACUCAUAUGCAACAAGCAUUAAAUAAUAAUUUCAAUAUUUCUAUUCCAAUGGAACAUCCACCUAUGGAAUUGUCAUUUGUCAAUGAACCUAUAAAAAUUCAAUUAAGCAAAGAAGCUGAAGCCGAGGCUAAUACAUUCUUUCAAAAACUAUUGGAAGGUAUUAAUCCACCUGAUGAAAUGUUUAAAACUUUAUACGAUUUUGCAACUCAAGGUACACCUUCUCAACGUAAAUUAUUAGAUGGAAUUUUACGUAUGUUAGCGGAUGAAGUUUCACGUCAUUUACAAGAUUAUCCUGAAACUAUGCUACCUUUAUUUGCUGAUUUAUAUGGUAGUGUUCUUGCAGCUAGUACACAUCUCUUUUCUAUGAGAGCUCUUUCAAUGCUAUGGCGUUCUGUAUUAGCUCGAUUGUUUACUCUACCACCAGAGACACACAUGGAUUCAACAUUAUUUCGUGCUAUGAUUCAUAUUUUAAUGAAGGCUAAAAACACGUUUGUACACUUUUCUAAUCUUCCAAAUUGUUUAGCCAGUUGUCCAGUGUUCAAAGCGUUUCCGCAUGAUCUUCAAGGAUAUAUUUUAAACUCUGAAUUGGCCAUCAAGAAUUACGCAAUAUCACAACAAACUACCUCAUCUUUGUCCAAGAAUUUGACAACUACUGGAAGUAGUGGCAGUGGUUCUUCAAACCAAUUAAUCGCUUCACAUUAUCAGCUUACUGAUUCAUUAACACCAUCGACGAGCUUAAAUCUGACGAUGCCUACUUCCAACACUGUUGGAAGCACUGGUGUUCCUGUUGAUACGUCGUCAUGCAUCAAAGCACCUGAUGCACCAGAGGAAAGUAUUUCCGAUCGUGUCUACUUUCUAUUUAAUAAUGUAUCCAAGGUGAAUGCUAAAGAAAAGUCAAAUGAAUUAGCCACAUUAUUGUCAGAAGAUCGACUUAUACCAUGGUUUGCUUUUUAUCUUGUCAGUAAACGAAUACCAGUUGAACAAACAUUUCAUGAUUUAUUCGCUUUGGUACUUGAUCAUAUUCAAGAAAGAGUGCCAAAUGUUAGACCUAAAGUUAUGUACGAACUUAUAAGACAUAUCAAGUUUAUUCUGCGUAAUAUGCGUUUAGACAAAGAUGAUAUGCAAGCACGUAGUACUUUGAAGAAUUUUGGCAGUUUUCUUGGUCUAAUCACAUUGGCACGUAAUAAACCAGUUCUACACGAUGAUUUAAAUAUUAAAGAUCUUAUAUAUGAAGCUUAUUACAAAGGACCUAUUCCUACUCAAUAUGUAGUUCCAUUUGUUGCUCGAGUUGUUCGAGGUGCAACUGAAAGUUUGGUAUUUCGUCCACCUAAUCCAUGGACAAUGGCAAUAUUAAAAGUUUUACGUGAAUUGUAUGAUAUGGACAAUGUAAAAGAUUGGUUACGUUUUGAAAUUGAAAUCCUUUAUCGUGCAUUUGACCUAAAUCUGAACGAUAUACCAUCUGCAAAUUUUCUUCGUGACCUAACCCACUCAUCUAAUUUAGAUAUUGAACUGUGUUUCAUUGCAACUACUACAAGUACUAUCACUACUGCUACUACAACUACUACUACCACUACUACCAUUGGAUCUAUGAAUACACCUGGUCAAAUGAUAGUAUCAAAUAUUACUAGUACACCUACAAUAACUAGUAUAGAUUCAUCAUUUUAUCCCGGUUCUUCGUUUACUACUCCUGAUUUCUCAGUUACAACAACAGUGGCAAUGGUGGCAACAACAACAGUGACUACGUUUUCUGUUGGAGCUACUACCACCGGCUCGAAUUUAACGUCAUCUGAACAACAGAAACAACUGUCCAACAUGCUUGCUUUGUUCCACAAACACCAACAACAUAUUUCUCCUACGGAUUCCAUAUCAACACAACAAUCAGUAUAUUCAACCCCUGGUUUAGAUAUAACUAAUUUAAUUCAAAACUCUUCUAAUAGUUCUAAUCAAACUCGUCCAUCAGCCGCUGCAAUUGCUGCUGCUGUAGCUGCUAUUAAAAAACAACAACAAUUUGGUCCUACUCUUUCUGGAACUGGUCCAUCUUCUUCUUCUCCAUCUUCUACUUCUUCUGCAUUAGCAUUACAACAACAUCAACAACAAUUGAAUACUGCAAUGGCAGCUUUUCAACCACCACCACAAUCUCAUCAACAACAGUCACAUCAACCACAGACCCUUCAAAAUAUUUUACCUAUUCAUAAUCAACCUAAUGCUACACAAUCGACUAAUAUUACCAGUGGUGGAUUAAAUGGAGAUUUAACUGGUGGUGGUAGUACGUUAUUCACUGGACAUUUACUACGCUACGAAGAUGUGAACAUUCGAAGUAUUCGUGCUUGUUUAAAUCUUGAUGAAUUAUUAACAAAUGCCGCAAUCAAUAGUCGAAAUGGUGGUACUAAUUCAAAUGGAAUUACUGCUGCAUUUGCUUUACUUCAAGCUAAUCCUCGACUACGCGGAUUAAUUGAACCUGCCGUUCUACGCGCUAUCAAUGAAUUGACUACUCCAGUAUUCGAACGUUGUGCACGUAUCACAGUUACAACUGUUGUCGCUAUUGUUCGCAAAGAUUUUGCAUUAGAUCCAGAUCCUUCACGUAUGUUGUAUGCAGCUUGUCAAAUGAUUCGACAUCUUGCCGCUGGAAUGUCAUUAAUUACUGCCAGAGAAGCUUUAGGCAUGUCACUUGUGACAAGUUUAAAAAAUAUCAUUCUUACUGAAGUUCAAUCUGCUACCGCGCAAGAAAAGGAAGCUGUACAACAAUUGGCUUAUUUAGUUGUUGGCAAAAGUAUGCAUGUUUGUUUAGCGUAUAUGCAAAAGUCAGUAGCUGAAAAAGCUGUGAAAGAUGUCGAGAAAAAAUUAGAAGCGGAUAUAAAACUUCGUACUGAACUUGGUCCUAUACGUUUCAUGGAACAGGCUGUAAACCAAUUAGCAUCUCAGCAAUCUAAUAUUCCUGAAUCGUUACGCCUUACAGCUGGUGGUCCUACUGCCACAGAAAUGUCAGUCUAUGAAGAAUUCGGUCGUGUUAUUCCUGGCUUUGCUCCGAGCUCAUCUGGAGCCAUGAUGAAUACGCCUUCAUCAUCCAUUUUACUUCCUGUGUCUUUGAACCCAUUAACUGCAGUUCAAAACAUUUCUUCAUCUACUGUAAAUUCCGCAGCAUCAAUGGCUGCAUAUCUUCAACUAUCUGCAUCACAGAAACAACAACUUUCUUCUACUGGUAUAAUUCAACGACAGACUACUCCUGCAAUAUGCACUGCUAGCGGGUCAUUUAUAAAACCACAAGGCUAUCCAACUGCAGCUAGUCAACCAUCAGCUAACUUUCAGGCUCCACUAUCUGGUUUGUUUGACAAGAUAAGUGGACAGAUUGAACGUCAUUUAAUAGCUAUUUCUGGUCGAUUACGUCCUGCCAAUGAUCCAAUGUGUCAAUCUCUACGUUGUUUAAUUGAUGCUGUUCACCUAGCUAAAACAAGUCGUGACACAAAUGUUGCUAACAAUAUUAUCACAAUUAUGGUACGAAGUUUCUUGGAGCAUUAUCGACCUAGUUUUUGGCGUGAUCAACCACGUGGUUUAGAAACAAUGGAACAUUUAAAAGAGGCUCACAUGCUUACUCUACGACAUAUGUUAUCUUUAGAACAAACUCCUUUUGGAUAUGCAUGGGUUACUCGACAGGUCACACACACAUGGAUCCACUUAGACGGGGGAAAUCUUUCCAGUUCUGGUGGUGUCAACCAAGGUGUCACGUCAUUAUCAAACACUAACGGAAAAACUGCUGAUGAUUUGCAAAAUCAAGAAUUAGACUUGAAUAUCGCUUCUACUGAAAAUAAGACAUCAUCACUGGAUGAUAUGGUCGACACCACUGCCACUAAUAAUUGGACAAUGGGAGGAGGUAGUUGGAAACAAUUUACUGAAAAUAAUAAUAGCCAAAUCUCUACUACUCAUGAUAAUCGUCUUGUUUCAGUCAAAUGGAAUUGGGAAGCAUUCGCUGAAUUUCUACGAGUUCAUGUUAUUUAUUUCUCUCAAGUUGAUUCAUAUUUAGCUCAAGAAGUAGCCAAAGGUCAUCCAGGCGCAAUUACUUUUGUCAUUGAUUUAUUAGAUCAUUUUGUACUGCCUUGUCCUAAUGGUACAUCAUUAGGAGCAGCAGCAGCUGCUGCUGCUAGUUAUGCUCGUGCCAAUUCAUCAUCGACUAUUCCUUGCACUGUCGUGGGUUCCAGUAUUAGUGGUGCUAAUUCUGGCUCCGCAUCUGCCAAUGUUAGUGUUUCUGGAGUGAAUGUAAACUAUCCAGUCAGUGGUGUUACUGUUGGUGUUGGCGGUCCUACUUCAGUAUCAUUUUCAACAAAACGCGAAUUUACUGUAUUGAAUGAAUAUGAUUUAUGGUCUACUUUAGAAGCUUUAAGAAAUCGUGUAACGUUUCUUAAUAACACUAACCUAUCAACACCAUCAUUAACCGAUCCAUUGGGUUUACGGUUACGUUUAGCUUGUGCACGUGUCCGAGGUUUAUUAGAUUUGGGACUUAUGGAACAAUCCCCAUUGUUCAACAAUCCAUCUUGUACUAUUGGAGCAUUGUAUGCUGGAUGUAGUCAAGCUCAUGAAUUUGAUGAUCCGCCUAAUUUACAGGAAAAAGUUGAAUUGAUUAUGCGUAAUUGGGUUGAAAUCUAUCAAAGUCCUAAACAACGUGAUCCUGCUACAAUAGAUGCACUUCUUAAUCAACUGACACAAAUCGGUGUCUUGCCAAAUAUUAAUAAUUCAACUCGUUUCUUACGCUUAGCCACAAUUUUCGUGAUUGAACGAGCUUUGAAACAAUUGAAGUUGGAAGAACAACAACAACAACAACCUCAAGUUCCUAAUGGAGGAGGAGGUGGAUCAAAUUUUAGUUCGAAUCCGGCGAUUAAUCGUGUUGCAGCUUAUGUUGAACUAGAUGCUUAUGCUCGUCUAGUUAGUAUAUUAAUUAAUCAAUUAGGUGAAACACCUCAAAGUGAAUACCCUAAUGCUAAGGUUGCAUUAUUAAACAAGGUCCUCGGACUUAUCGCUGGUACGCUACUUCAAGAGCAUGAAGUACGACGUGAUUUAUUCCAUCCUAUGCCUUUUGAACGUCUCCUAGUUAUCCUAUUUGUCGAAUUGCAGUCUUCAUUAUCACUACCUUCAGCAACACAGUUUACUGUAGGUGCAUCUCCAAGAUCAGAUGGCAAUACGGAUGAAGGAUGUGUUGAGAAUGUGAAUUCAGAUGUUCAUCAGAAUGCUGACACGGAUAAAGCUUGUGCAGGUAAACAUGCCGAUAGUGUUGGUGGUGGUGAGCCUCGAAUACCCAUCACGUCAAUAAAAUCUUUGGGUCCACUGACUUUUCAACAACAACUUCCUCUUAUCUUCUGUCAUCUAUUACAUUGUUUAAGACCGGAAAAAGCUACUGCAUUUGUAUUUUCCUGGCUGGAAAUGUUAACCCAUCGUUGGUUUGUUGGUUGUAUCCUAUCAGCUCCUGGACCUGCAAAACUUCGAGCAGCAUAUCAAGCGAUGUAUGCACAAUUGUUGGCAGAUCUAUUGAAAUUUCUAGGCUAUUUCCUUCAAAAUGCUCUUAUGCCAAAACCAAUCCAGUGUUUAUACAAAGCUACAUUACGGCUGUUGCUGGUGUUAAUUCAUGAUUUUCCUGAAUUUGUUUCUGAUUACUAUGCAUUGUUUUGUGAUGUUGUCCCAUCUAAUUCUAUUCAAAUGCGUAACAUAAUUCUAUCUGCACUACCCAAACGAGGCAUACCUUCGGCGGACCCAUUACAAGCUCCUCCAGUUGACCAAUUAGCCUCUCUUGAAGAUCCUACUGGUUAUUGUAUGGAAGCUGGUUCACGACUCCCAGAGCCGAUGAGAUGUGAGCUCGAUGCAUAUCUAACCACUCGAGCACCUGUCAAACUACUCAGUGAAUUAGUUACAAUGUUAAGACGUGCUGAUGAUAUCAUCCCGCCUAUACCACCACUUCAGUUUGCCUAUCAUCCUCAACAACAGGCUAGACAUCAACAAGCCCUGGCAGCAUACGCAGUUGCUUUAGCUGCUAAUGAUGUUGGUCCAGGUUCUUCAGUAAAGAAUGAAGACAAACCCACUGACGAUCAUUUUCCACCUAGUUCCACUUCCACACAGGCUGUAAACAAAACAUCUGGGAAAACUGGAACAACAGAAUCUUGGGAGAGUAGUGGUAUCAUAUCGUCGUCCUCGGUAGCAGUUUCUGACAGUAACAACGAGACAUCAUCUGCAAGUAAUACUACUACUACUUCACGAACAACAUUGACUGUACCCAACUCUGUCGUCAGUGGUGGUUCUGGUGCUGCAUUGGCUGCUUUAUUAUGGGGUGUACGCGCUACUCAACAAUUAGCUACAUUUGGUCUAGCCGAUAGUAUGCAUUAUAAUAUUGAAUUAAUGACAAAUUUAACAUUAUACGUUUGUAUAACUGCUAUUCGUAAUUUACGUGAGAAAGGUAUGCCAUUGAAUAUGAGCACUAUUGCUCAUACUCCACAAAUGGAUAUUAUACAAAGUCUAGUUUUAAAUCUUGACAAUGAAGGUCGUUAUCUGUUGCUUAACUGUAUGGCAAAUCAGUUACGUUAUCCUAAUUCGCAUACAUACUAUUUUAGUUAUACAAUUUUAUAUUUAUUCUCUGAACAAUCUAAAGAACAAGUAAAAGAGCAAAUUAGUCGUGUUCUUAUGGAAAGAUUAAUUGUAAAUCGUCCACAUCCAUGGGGUUUAUUAAUGACUAGUGCAGAAUUAUUACGUAAUCCAGCAUAUCGAUUUUGGGAACAUGAAUUUGCUCGAUGUAAUCCAGAAAUUGAAGCAAUUGUAACUAUUGUCGCUCGUAGUUGUAUACCAAAUUUUCAAAUUCCCAAUGUAAAUUCUUCUGAUAGUUGUACAACUUCUAGUGUUGUUUCAUCAAGUCUACGUUAUGCUUUAUUAUCAUCGGGGACUGCUCAAAGUUCAAUGUAA